AGUCUGGCCGGUUCACCCAGGACCAAGCAGGGCCCAGUGCCCAGAGCUGAGGUGCCCAUCGGAUGGGAAGAUGGCUGAUGCGCAGAACAUUUCGCUAGACAACCCAGGGAGCGUGGGGGCCGUGGUGGUACCCGUGGUGUUCGCCCUCAUCUUCCUGCUGGGCACCGUGGGCAAUGGGCUGGUGCUGGCCGUGCUGUUGCAGCCCAGCCCCAGUGCCUGGCAGGAGCCGGGGAGCACUACAGACCUGUUUAUCCUCAACCUAGCGGUGGCCGACCUCUGCUUCAUCCUGUGCUGCGUGCCCUUCCAGGCCGCCAUCUACACGCUGGACGCCUGGCUCUUCGGGGCCCUCGUCUGCAAGGCUGUGCACCUGCUCAUCUACCUUACCAUGUAUGCCAGCAGCUUCACGCUGGCCGCCGUCUCCGUGGACAGGUACCUGGCCGUGCGGCACCCACUGCGCUCGCGGGCCCUGCGCACGCCGCGCCACGCCCGCGCCGCCGUGGGCCUCGUGUGGCUGCUGGCGGCGCUCUUCUCCGCGCCCUACCUCAGCUACUACGGCACCGUGCGCUACGGCGCGCUCGAGCUCUGCGUGCCCGCCUGGGAGGACGCGCGCCGGCGCGCCCUCGACGUGGCCACCUUCGCCGCCGGCUACCUGCUGCCCGUGGCCGUGGUGAGCCUGGCCUACGCGCGCACGCUGCGCUUCCUGUGGGCGGCCGUGGGCCCCGCGGGUGCCGCGAUGGCCGAGGCCCGGCGCAGAGCCACGGGCCGCGCGGGGCGCGCCAUGCUGGCGGUGGCCGCGCUCUACGCCCUCUGCUGGGGCCCGCACCACGCUCUCAUCCUCUGCUUCUGGUUCGGCCGCUUCGCCUUCAGCCCCGCCACCUACGCCUGCCGCCUGGCCUCGCACUGCCUCGCCUACGCCAACUCCUGCCUCAACCCGCUGGUCUACGCGCUCGCCUCGCGCCACUUCCGCGCGCGCCUCCGCCGCCUGUGGCCCUGUGGCCGCCGCCACCGCCACCGCCACCGCCGCGCCCGGGCUCCCCCGGGUGCCCGUCGCCGCGUCCGCCCCGCCGCCUGCCCCGGGGACGCCCGGCCUCGCGGGAAGCUGCCGGCGGGCGGCGGCCGGGCGGGCGAUCCAGGGGAAGGGCCUGCCCGCGCCUUAGAGGCUGGACGACAAGCCCCGUCUGCCCCAGGACCGGAAUGAACCUCAUCCGCCUCCCCUCUGCGCGGGGGACAGUCUGUCUGCCAUUCCCCUUCCCCCAGGGUAUGGCGCCAGGCAGGAGUCCUCCGAGGCGAGGAGGUGCACUGUCUGAGCUGGGGCUCCAGCCCGGUGGACGCCCCUAGGCCGUGAAAGUGGGUCCCCCCAUCCCGGCUAAGCGCAGGCUCCCCGUGCCCGACAGCCCCCAGAUUCCGGCCAUAGCCAGUCUGGCUCCAACUCAGUCAGCGGUUUCCAGGCCCUGCUUCCUCCACCGCCCUUCCUCAAGCCCCUUUCCCCAUCCAAGCCUUUCCCUGGGUAAUGUAACGCUAGCCAGCCGCUAAUACAGCAAAUAGUUGUGAAGGAUUCACUGUAUAU